AAAGUUAUCUCUAACCUCAAAUAUUGUUUGUUGACAUGUUGAGCAAGAUGAUUUAAAUCUUUCGUAAAAAUGUUCAAAAACACUUUUCAAAGUGGGUUUCUCUCCAUUCUAUACAGCAUAGGAAGCAAACCGCUCCAGAUUUGGGACAAGAAAUACAAAAAUGGUCAUAUUAAACGAAUCACCGACGAAGAUAUACAGUCUUUGGUACUGGAAUUAAUAGGGUGUAAUGUUAGUACCACGUAUAUUACGUGCCCUGCCGAUCCUAAGAAGACUUUAGGUAUAAAGUUGCCUUAUCUAGUAAUGAUAGUGAAGAAUUUGAAAAAGUAUUUUACUUUCGAAGUCCAAAUAUUAGAUGAUAAAAAUGUAAGGAGAAGGUUCAGGGCCAGUAACUACCAAUCAACUACAAGAGUAAAACCUUUCAUAUGCACUAUGCCUAUGAGGCUAGAUGAAGGAUGGAAUCAAAUCCAGUUUAAUGUGGCUGACUUCACAAGAAGAGCUUACGGAACAAACUACGUUGAGACUCUCAGAGUACAAGUUCAUGCAAACUGUAGGAUAAGACGGGUAUACUUUUCUGAUAGGCUGUAUUCUGAAGAUGAGUUGCCUGCGGAGUUUAAGCUGUUUUUACCUAUACAGAACAAACCAAAAGCACCUCAGACUAUCAGAGCUUAAAUGGUCUCUUGGAAUUUAAGAAGUUUUUCUUAAUGAUCUCAUGUUUCAAUGAUCCAUACAAAAUAUAUUGUGUUUUUUUAGGUAUGUUUAUUUUUUAAAUGGGGAUUUAUAGUGUGAUUUUAAACUUAAAACGCUAAGCUUCAUCUCCUGGUUAUGAUAGGAUUAAAAACGAACAUAUACGAGUUCAUAAUCAUAAUAACGGAGAUACCAUUGUAGCUUAGUGUUCUUCAUUGUUUUUUAUAUACAUCUCAAUACUUUUUCCAUUAUAUUAAGAAAACUUUACUGAUCUUUUUAAGAGAUACCUUUCUUAAAAUCAUCUGGAUACAUUUUGGCAUUUUUUUAUUUUACAGGCUUUUGUUUUAGUUUCACCGGACACGCACCAACUCGCAACUUUUAAUGACAAACAUUUUCAAAUCAAAAUGUAUACCGGCCAAUUCGUAACUUUUCUACUACCUGACCCUGCCAACUCGAAACUUUAUACAGGUGAAUUCGAAACUAUUGCUUAAAUCUUAUACCUCAGGUAUUCAGAUGCAGAAUGCAGAACAGUACCAUAAAUGUUUUUCACUUUUUAGCACUUUCUUUAAGUAAAAUUUAAAAUUAUUUAGCACUAAUAACUUACACCCAUGUUCACUCAUUACGAAAUCUGUUACAAGAAUUACAGCCAUUUUAACAAAAUUUAUUUUUAUUUGCAUUUUCUCUAAUAACUCUUCCAAGAGACACUACAUAAAUGAUGAGUACCUUUUACACCACCUUCAAAGAGGGUAGUUUAUACAGGAACAUAAAUAUCUGGAAUACUGGUAUUAGAUUAAAAACAUCGUCAAGAACUACUUAGAAAAUGAAAAUUACAAAUUCACCGGUAGUUGAUGGGUUAUCGAAAAAUUAGCUGAGGGCCAGAGUGGCCAGUUGGCUUGGAAUUACGAUGGGAGAUUAAAAUAGUUACAAAUUCACCGUUACCCAUUUCACCCAAAGUUUAACUUUAUUGUGUUCCUUAACCCAUUACAGUUUUUAUUACACCUGAUAAAACUUUUGGUAUUUUUCGUUAAUUUUUUUUUGUUAAGGUACUAGUACACUUUAGAAGAUCAAAAAUAAGCAUUUUUUCAAGAAUUUUUUUUCUCGGACACUUUAUUAAAAAUGAACAUAAAACUUUUUACAUAUUAAUAACUAACUCUUAGAAAGUACACAAAAAUAUAUCGUUUUUCAUUUUUGCACGUACACUAAUAUUGUAGAAGGCGCCAAAGUAGAGACCUCGAAAAAAGUAGUUCGGAUGGCGGACAGUUAAUCUCAGGAUUGGGAUCUCUGAAACAAAAAAAUCGUACGGCGUUUGAAAAAGGAAGGUUUCUUAUGUGACAAUUUACCACCGUUAGUGGAAAACUCCGCAAUAAAAAAAUUUACGGAAAUUUGAAAAUUUUUUGAAAACAUCGACCUUUUUCUUCAGUUUUUCAUGGUUAAAAAAUAUUUAUUUUUUAUUUUUUGGUCAAAUUGUGGUAAAUUGUCACGUAAGAUACUUCCUUUUUCAAAUGCCGUACGAUUUUUUUGUUUCAGAGAUCCCAAUCCUGAGUAGUCCGCCAUCGGAACUACUUUUUUUCGAGGCCUCGACUUUUGCGCCCUCUACAAUAUUAAUGUACGUGCAUAAAUGAAAAAUAGUUAUUUAUGAAACAGUUCGGGAAGUAUGCUUUUUGCGAACGCACGCGAUGUUUAGAGCACGAGCGACAGCGGAGCGAGUGAUAUACUUCGCGCAAGUUCGCAAAAAGUACUUCACGCACAGUUUCAUACAAUAUUUUAUCUACGAUAAACAAAUAAAAAAACUGUAACUCUUCGUCACUGGAAUUCAUUUCUAUUCUACAAUUUUUAGAAUUUUGGCAUUUAAAAAUUCUAACUUCUUUCAAACCACAAAACUGUCAAAACAUUUGUUGUAAUUUAUUUCUCAUUAUGUCAUCACCAUGACAACGCGAAAGUUAAGGAUAUUUGAUUAUAUGAAAGUGUACCAAAGACCGUGCGAAAAAGUAAAUCCCGUUUAAAAUACAUUGUUACUUCACGCACACUUUAAAUCCUUCACAGACUGCUAUCUGUAAUGACAGUUUUCACAAACUAAAAACUUAUACAUAAUAUGACUUAGAGCAGAUAAAGAUUUUUUUGUACUCUCUAAGAGUUAGAUAUUAAUAUGUAAAAAGUUUUAUGUUCAUUUUUAACAAAGGUUCUGAGAAAAAAAUUCUUGAAAAAUAUGCUUAUUUUGGUGUUCUAAAAUGUACUAGUAACUUAACUGUAUUGUUAACAUAUCUGACUUAAAUCUUUGUUUUUAAUUACUGCUGUUAUUUUAAAAAUAUUUUUUUUUCUCGUAUUGUUGAGUGAUUUGUUGCCAUAACAAAACUUGAGAUCAUAAAUAUAGGGAGCUAUACACGUAUAAUAAUAUCAAAUGCAAUGAUUUACACAUGAAUUUUGUAUUUUGCACAGAUCCACUGAUUUUUUAUAGUGUCACUCUUGUGGUAUAAUUCUUUGCUGUUACGUUUAUUAUAAGCAUUUUUAUGAUAAUUCAAUAAAUUAAUUGUAAAACUA